AUGUCAUGGCUUGUGGCUUGUGGGCACGUUGGCGAGCUCCAAGUCCGAGAGCGUCCAUCGACGCUGUUCUUGGCGGCUUUAAUCCUCCGCAUCGCCACCCGCAGCUCCCAAACCGCCGCCAUUGAACCUCCAACUAUCCUUAAAAUGGCCGUGUGGCAGUGGUUCAAAGCCAUCCCACCGAGAACUCGGGUCAUGAUUGGGGUUGGCAUCAUGGCCUACGCAGGCGCCGGCCUUUACCUAUCUGACAAAGCCGAGGAAAGAUUCGGACUCACACCAACCGAGAAGGAUAGGGAGGAACUACGAAACGCCAUGCCAACGAUCGCUGCCGUCGAGCGAGGGAAGAAAUGA